GUACAAUCACAGGAAGAGCUGAUAUCUAGUAAUCUUUACAAAACCAGCGCCAAACCCUCAACACAUAACUGAGCUCACCUCAUAAGGACACUGGUUGUCAUGGCAAAGAUCACUGUCAUUGUGCUUACUGUGGACUGAAGAUAUUAAAGAGGAGCUGCUUCAGUUGUCCUGCCACAUACACUAUCCGGAAAGAUGAAGCUGCGAUUGCAUUUCGUGGUGGACCCAAUGGGCUGGUUCUGCAUAGGCACAGUGCUGUUAAUCUGGCUCUACAACACCCUCCUCAUUCCCAAACUAGUGCUGUUUCCACACUAUGCAGAGGGACACAUACCUGCUGCACCAGUGGUCUGUUACUAUCUAGCAUCGCUUCUGUGUGUCUCUGCACUGCUCAGGGCUUCCACCGCUGACCCAGGAAAACUUGCUCAGGAUCCCAAAAUUCCACUUGCCGAGAGAGACAAUUGGGAACUCUGCAAUAGAUGCAACUUGAUGAGGCCAAAGAGGUCACAUCACUGCAGCCGCUGCGGCCACUGUGUGCGUCGCAUGGACCACCACUGUCCUUGGAUUAAUAACUGUGUUGGGGAGGAUAACCACUGGCUCUUUUUGCAGCUGUGUUUUUACACUCAGGUUCUGAGUCUUUACACUCUUGUGCUGGACUUCUGCCAGUAUUACUACUUCCAGCCGGUGUCCUCGGUAGACCGGGAGGAUUUUGCGGUACGUCAUGAAUUAGCUCUUAUACGCGUGUCCUGUUUAACGGGCCUGAUGAUGUUUGGGGGAAUGGGCAGCCUUUUCUACUCACAGGUCACUGGAAUACUUGCAGACACGACUACCAUAGAGAAGAUGUCAAACUUAAUGGAAGACAUUGGCCUGCGGCGGUCGUGGCAGCAAGCUAUGGCCGAGGUGUUUGGCACUCGCUGGAAGAUCCUUUGGUUCCUGCCGUUCAGGAGCAGACAGCCUCUAAUGCUCAACCUGACCUCCCGCUCUCGUGUGUAGACAGACAGACAGAGACUCACACAUCAAUCCAGUGGAGAAGGUCACCCUCUGCCCUCUCUCUCUAUCGUCUCCUCUUGUUCUCUGUAGCAUCUUCUCCACAAUGGCUCAGCAUCUUUAACGGCUCAAGCCCCUUCAGGUUUUAAAAAUCUAACUACUGAUAUAAAUGCAUAAACCUGCAUACAGCUGUACAAUCUGUGUCAUGUUGAAACUGUAGAUAAGUUGGUUGUUUGUCUUGGGUCAGGGUUUAUAUUAGUGAAACAGGAUUAAAGGGAAAUGGUUGAUACUUAGGCUUUGUUGUCUCCAGGGCAACCCUUAUUUGUUUAGAUCUCGGCCCAGCCCGCUCCCCCAGGUCCGGGUCACGUGAACGGUUGUCAUGCGAAAGAAGUGAAGGGGGUGGAGUCUGCUGUCUGCCUUAAUGGCACUGAUGGUUGAUGGCUCUAGAGGUGAGGCGUGACCUCUGGCAUAAGUGAAAAACACUGCUAAAGCCCAAAGCUUAACACACACACAUACAGAUAUACACAAUAAUAAAUAGAAACACGGUUUACUAUUGUCACGAUCGUGCACAUACUUAAGCAUACCUCACCAAACACUACUGAUGCCUCUACUGAUAGUUUGACUACUAUAGCUGCAUUUUAUCACACUUUUAUCUUUCAUUUUAUUCAUUUCUGUUUAUGUGCCUUUUGAAGUCCAUUUUUUACUUAUUUGUAUUAUUUUUAAUACUCAUUUAUUUUUAUAUGACUAUUCAAGAUACAUUAAAACCAUGAUUAUGAGUAUUUAUUUGAGGGAGCUGUUAAACCAAUAAUAAUAAUCAUUUGUGAAGUAAGUUUUGCGUUGAAAUUAGUAUUGUUAUCAAGAAGUAAAUUUUAUUUGCAAAGAAUAUACAUUUAACAUCAAAAUUCUCAAAUUUGCUUUACUGAUGUGUGAGUAAUAUUUCUUACUCAUACAGAAAGGAUGAAACAUUAUGAAUUGUGGUUUACAUUUUUUGCCCAUAUUUUCAACAUGACUACUGCCCAACUCUGAGGUCCAUUAGAAAAUCUUUAAAUUUAAUUUUGUAACCAUUUCAAAACCACCUCUGAAUCUGGGAACAAAUCACCAAUUUUCUAAAGUGCCUCUUAACAUGCAAAAAAAGUUAAAAAGUUAAAAAAACUAUAAUAUAAUAAACAAAACAGUGUAAUAACUGACUUUGUAUUAGGUUCACGUUGUACCACCAUGACCCACAUUUUGUGGUUUUAGAUCAUGUUAACUUUUGAAAUUACACAAUAAGGAUCCGUAAGUGAAUUUGAGUUCAUGUUUUUUACUGAUGAGCCAUUGUCUAUUAUUGUUAAAGGAUUUGUUUACCUUCAAAAUUAUAUUUUUGUCAUAAUUUACUCAACCUGUUCUCAUUUUAAACCUGUGUGAUUAUCUUUCUUCUGCAAAGUACAAAUGAAGAUAUUUUGAAAAAUGUUUGUAACCAAAAACUGUUGGUCCCCAUUGACUUCUAUUGUUUGGACACCAAACUAAUGCAAGUCAAUGAGAACCAAGGUAUUUUGGUUACAAACAUUUUUCAAAAUAUCUUUUGUGUUCUGCAGAGAAAAGUCAUACAGUUUUGAAAUGACAAGAGGCCUUGUAAAUAAUGACAGAAUUUUAGGAAUAAAGGAAAUCGAAUUCCGUUAAGAAAAAAAUAUUGUGCACGUGCACUACAUUAUUCAAUGUGCAAUAGUAAGUUUUGACUUCUAGGCCUGGGUUAAUGUAAUAGACUUGAUAGUUGAGGUCACAGGAUCUUACUUGUGAUUUAAAUGAUAGUAGCUGGAAGUUUCUUUGAGUUAAUGUUGACAUUCCAUACACAGUUUGAGGUAGAAGAUAUGAAUUUCAUUGCAUAAUAGUCAAGCAGGCACUUCUAUUAUAGCCUGGAUGUGGUUGGAUGAGUUUGCUGAAUAAAGUUUAGCUCCAUAAAAAAAUGUUAUCUUGCGAAACACUCCAAUAGAACGUUAUGAAAUGGUUACAUUUGGUAUUAAUUUUGUGUAUUUUGUGUUACAGCAAUUUAACGUGAGAUCGCUAGCUCCGAACAGUGACUACUUGAACUACUUGUAUUGUGAAUAUCAUGCGUUCACCGAUUCAGUUGCUAUUAUUAUUUUUUAUUUUCAUUGUUCUCGUUCCUUUCAGUUAUAAUUUUUUAUAUAUUUUGAUCUGUUUUAUGUUAGAGGGUACUGGGUGAAAGUACUACUGGGUGUUUAAGAUUAAUUUCUGAUAUAUAAUUUUUUUAUUUUGUUUUUAUUUUAAAUACAGGACAUUCACAUGAGCUCCUUGUUGGUAAUAUGUGUGAUAAUGUUAAAUUGGUACACCGCAGAGACUAUUUGAUUCCAUUACUUGACUCAUAUAUGACAUAUUUAUGUAACAUUACAGUAAUAUAAUAUCUUACAUUAGCCUUAUAUAAAUUAUAAAGAGAGUAUAUAAAACCAGUACUCAUUGUAGCCUUUUGUUGAUACACUAUAGACCAUGUUUUUGUAUCCGUAUCCCCUUUGUGAAGCAAUAAGGGCCGCUAGAAUUUAUUCACUGUUGGCAAAUACUACUAUUGUAUGGACAGGUACAGAUCACUGAACAUUAUUUUACUUCAUGUUUACUCCUUGUGAACAUUGAAACUACUUAUUCCUGUGCUGUUUAGGAAAGUGACUCUCUUCAGGUUCAUUUUGUUUCUGUUUCUUUGGUUCAUUUGUGCUGUCAGUCACAAUGUUUAUGCUGUAAUCAUUGGGAUUUGAAAUAUAUCAGAUAUAAAUUAUUUAUGAAGCCAUUUUUAAUAAACAUUUUUUGCUCGAUGAUCCGUUA